AUGGAAUUUGUCGUUUCAGAUCCAGAAGAUGGAGCCCCCGUCAUUAUAGAACAUCCGCUAGAUGUUAUAGUCUCAAAGGGCUCUCCAGCUACAUUGAAUUGUGCUGCUAAACCUCCAGGAGCCCAGAUCACUUGGUAUAAGGAUGGCCAACCAGUCACUACGAACAAAGACCAAGUGAAUAGGAAAAACGGAAAAGAUGGUGAUUCGGGCUCGUAUCACUGCGUUGCACGAAAUGAGCACGGCGAAGCUCAGUCCCGAGAGGGUACACUGAAAAUUGCUAUGCUUAGGGAUGACUUUCGGACGCGACCUCGAACAGUUCAGUUGUCGGAGAUCCCUCGGAUGACGCUUCAUCCGGAUGGAAAUCUCAUCAUCGAGCCGGUAGAACAUGGUGAUUCUGGGACAUAUCAGUGUGUAGCAACGAAUAUGGACGUUACCGUUGAUGUCGGCUCAUCUGUACUUUUUGACUGCCGCGUAUCGGGUGAACCGCAACCUCAAAUUAGUUGGAAGAAGAAAAAUGAUCAAAUGCCAGUUGCUAGAGCCUAUAUAGCAAAGGAUAACAGGGGUUUGCGAAUUGAUAGGUUAGUUCGUAACUUCGCAUUCUGGUCAAAUUGAAU